CGCGGGUGCGGGGGGGCGGUCGCGGGGCGCCAGCGACGUGGGGAGCUGGGCGGCCGGGGGGGCUGCCCGCCUUUCCCCGGCCCGCAGCGCAUCUGCGGCCGUCCGCCGCGCCCGCUCGUCGCCUGGCGGACCCGGGCUCCGAGGACGAUAAGAAAGACGGAGAAAUCUGCCGUACGCUGUUUUUCCUCCGACAGCUGCUUUACGAAUCACCGCUGUCCGUUCACCGUCGCCGUGGGCAGCAACGCGCGGACUGACUUUGCCGGCUCCUGCUGCUGUGUUUUUCAGAGGGGAAAGGUGUAUGCAUACAGAAAGGGAGUUGUUUUACAGAAAUCGAAUACGCAGCCCUCCGUGAAGCGCGCACGGACACCCUGAACUAACUCGUUGACGGUGCAGUGCAGCAGAAGGACCGACGCGCAAGAAACUCGACGCUGCUCCCGGCCGCGCAACGGUCCCGUCGCGCCCCGGGCUUACCGAGCGCUCUCCUCGCGGCGGGUCUGGCCCCCCUUUCCUCCACGGCACGUCUCUCUGGAGCCCCCCGCCAGGCGCUGAGAGCAGAGACCCGGCGCGGGGUCCCCGGAGCGGCCUCGCCGCGCCCCCGCCGCCGCCGCGCUGGCAUGCGGUAGGGCAGUGCCAUGUAUUGGAAGAGCGACCCGAUGUUCGUCUGCAGGCUGGAGGACAAGGACCUUCCCGCGCUCGGCGGCCCCUCGGAGAAGGCGAGCCCCGCAGCGGCCGACGAGGACUCCUGCUCUUCCUCCGCCGCCCUCUCGCCCUCCUCCUCGCCGCGGUCCAUGGCCUCGGGCUCCGGCUGCGCCCCCAGCAAGUGCGUGUGCAGCAGCUGCGGCCUGGAGAUCGUGGACAAGUACCUGCUGAAGGUAAACGACCUCUGCUGGCAUGUGCGCUGUCUCUCAUGCAGUGUUUGCAGAACGUCUCUAGGAAGGCACACCAGCUGUUACAUCAAAGAUAAAGAUAUCUUCUGCAAACUUGAUUAUUUCAGGCGGUAUGGCACCCGCUGUUCCCGCUGUGGGAGGCACAUUCAUUCUACUGACUGGGUCCGAAGGGCUAAAGGAAAUGUGUACCACUUGGCAUGUUUCGCGUGCUUCUCCUGCAAAAGACAGCUUUCUACUGGAGAGGAGUUUGCUUUGGUCGAAGAGAAAGUCCUUUGUAGAGUACAUUACGACUGCAUGUUGGACAAUCUGAAAAGAGAAGUUGAAAAUGGUAACGGGAUUAGUGUGGAAGGAGCAUUACUAACAGAACAAGAUGUUAAUCAUCCAAAACCAGCAAAAAGAGCUCGGACCAGCUUCACGGCUGAUCAACUCCAGGUUAUGCAAGCACAGUUUGCUCAGGACAACAAUCCAGAUGCACAAACGCUUCAGAAACUGGCAGAAAGAACAGGCUUGAGCAGGCGUGUUAUACAGGUGUGGUUUCAAAAUUGCAGAGCACGCCAUAAGAAACAUGUUAGUCCUAAUCAUUCAUCUACUGCUCCUGUCACAGCAGUUCAGCCCUCCAGGCUGUCUCCACCCAUGUUAGAAGAAAUGGCAUACUCUGCGUAUGUCCCCCAGGAUGGGACUAUGUUAACUGCUCUACACAGCUAUAUGGAUGCUCAUUCACCUACAGCUCUUGGACUCCAGCCUUUGCUACCCCAUUCAAUGACACAACUGCCACUAAGUCACACCUAAUUCCUUUCUGUCAGGGAUAUAAGAUAUUAAGGAUGUAACCUUGAGUCAUUUAUUGUGUAUUAAAAAUAUCAUUGGAAAGAUAUUAAUGUUAACUCUUUAUUUAACAUCUAAAGCAUUUUCAAGAUCAUUUUUGCUGCCCAGGUAUGUAAGUAUAUUUAGCCUGCAAGACACUUUUAUGGAUUCUGCAUAAAUAACUAUUACAUUGUUUACAAGCCUUAUUAAACACCUUUUUGUAUUGUCUGGAAGUAGUCCACUCUAGUUAUGUGUGUGUUAAUUUAUUUGUCAUCAAAAGAGCACUUUGCCUAAAAGAAAGGACUGACAAUUGUGCAAAAUGUUUACAAUUCUUUGUGAAAUUGUAGUUUAUCAUUAGUUUGUAUCUGUAAGUUAUUGCUAAAAGUAUUACCUGUAUUUGAGUUGUAUACAGCCUAUAUGUUAAAGCUUAUUUCUGUGAGUUUACAAAAAUAAAUUUUGGUUGCAAAUAUUUUCAAAAUGAACUGAAUAAAGUUUCUGCUGUAGCAUGCCAAGCAAAAA